AUAAUUACACACACCUCUCUCAAUUUUCUCUGCACCUUACUUCAUUAAAUCAGCAAUUUCAGAGUCACUCAAGAGACGUUUAUGAGUCGUGACAGCGGCUCAAGUCACUCACAUCCAAUUUAUCUUCAUUCGCGACAGCAUAUACGAUACUGUAGUGGCCAAGGCCGAUAUGUGUAGUAGACUACUGUUUAAAAAAACAUUUCGUUGUAGGAUUGGAUUCUAUAUUAUUUCCAUAAAAUAACGCAAAAAGAUUAGAGAAUAUUGUAGCCUAUUAAAUAUAUAUUUGUAUAAUUUUUUAUUGUAAUAUAAAAAUAAGACGUAACCCAUGCCGCUUUGUUUUUAUCGUUAUUAGUGAUGAUACUGUACAUUUGUAGGGUACACUGUACUCUACAAAUGUACAGUGUCUACAAACAUGUCAUUUUAAUUCCAUGUCCAUUUGUUGGUGUAAAUUUCAGUCGAAUGGUGUCACAAAAUUUUAAUCCUGAAAAUAGGUGGAUGGAUUAGUUUCUUGAAUCUUAUUCCACAAAGAUUAAGCACAAAGCAACAUAUUAUACAGGACAUCUAUACAUUUGUAUACUUUAACUUUUUCUACAAAUACUGCUACUGGCCACCUUAAAAUGGUGCAAUGAUUUUCUACACUAACAGCACAACUGUUAUAGGAUUGUAUUCUACCACUGAUCACUUUAGCUCUGCUUGAUACUUUGCACUUUGACACUCGGCUGUCAUUGGGUGGUAAAACUGCACAACGGUACCCUUACAUUACGGAAUGUCUUUCCAUACUUAUCAUGUCAUGUCCUUGUUUAUGAUGAUUCUAUUGUAGCCUGAACUACCGGAGACAAAUUCGUUGUGUGUUCUACAUAUUGGCCAACAAAGAUGAUUCUGAUUUGUAUGUAUUAUUGAUUUAUUUUGCUAUAAGUCAAUGUGCAGAGAAACAUGUAGUUAAAUGAUAUUGGAUAUUCAACAAGCAUCAGUGCGUUUUUCAAGUGUUGUAGUUGAGUAAAAGGUGUUCAAUAAAAUCUGGUUUUCUCAACAAUAUUUCAUUAAAUAUUCAUCGCAUUAGAAAAGGUGUGUUUAUUGUACACGCUUUUUGACCCACUACGGCCGCCGUCUUCUCCAUAAGCUCUGCCUCCAACAGACGAUAAGCAGCCGCCGUAUAAAUAAUCAAUCAAGAACGGGGCCAAAGAAUAAACUCAUAACAAAAAAAUGCGGAACAUUUCUGGUUGGAGCCGAAUUGAUCCAAAUUAGCACGGCGUUGGAAGAAUGUUGGGUUUAAGAUCUCCUGUGCUCUAUUUACUACUUGUAGCUGUCGUGCACGUGACUUUCGCAACAAAAACGAUACCAAGGAGGCGGCUGAAAUUGACCGACAAUGAAGCGAGCCGAGCGGGUUUGGAGCUCCGCGACAAUUUGGUGGAGGAGAGACGCUCUGGAUAUUUGGAACCGGGAGAACCGGCUGCCCCGUUCACGGUGCCGACUCUGAAUGGGGAGUUUGUGUACCAGCCGGGAGGAGCGGGUUCGGCGGGGGUCUCGUUGGUCAUCCACGCGUUUAGCAACAAGUCGGCGUUCGUUGAGUGUUUGUGGAGUUCCUCGUCGUCCUUGGCCAGCCUCGUCGAGGAGCUGCCGAGCAGCGCUCAGGUGCUCUUCCUCUCCCUGGACGACUCCGCGGCCACGGACGCGCUCUGGAUGCGGGAAAGGCUGCACUCCGUCGCCAAAAAGCACAAUCAAGAGGAGGUUUUGUCCAGACUUCAUGUGUCUCCAGUACCGGUGUUUGCUGUUGGAAACUGGAUCGCCAGCGUCUUGUACUCCUGGGCAUGUACGGGUCACAACUGUGGCCUGUCUCAGGCUGUGUUCACUUCCCAGGGAUGGGAUGUGCCUGUUAUCGUCAAGCGCCUGGACGCAAGAUAUGACUGGCUAACAGGACGCUGGGAAAAGACGAGGUACGAGCUGAAGGACACGGGAGACGGCUGUGAGCCGUGGCCGUCUCUCGGCGGUGCCGUCGCCUGGCUGUCAGAGGGAAACUGCUCUUUCUUCACCAAGGUCCGAAACAUGGCCAAGUCCAACGCAUCUGGCGUGUUGGUCUACGCCCUCGCAGGAAAUGCCAUCCAGGACAUGAACUGCGUGGACACGGAGUGUCUCACGCCACUCGCCCUGCCCGCAGCCAUGGUGCACAACCAGCCAGCCGUCACCCGCAUGCUCAGAUCAGGUUUGGCAGUGAGUGUUUCUUUCCAGACCACGCCGUCUCCCAACUUCUUCUUCGGCAUUGACCAACAGGGGGCGCUGGCCGAGCUCGGUUGGUUCCUCUACCCCUCCUUCAGCUUCCUCAACUGGCAGGCACAGUGGUUUGACUUCUCCACAGCUCUGCAGCUGAAACUGGAAUCUCCCGCAACCGUGGUCUCCGUCUUCGAUAAAGUGCAAAUGCAAGGAGACAAAGGGGCCGUGGCUGAUGUCAACAUGCCGCCAGACCUGUCUACGUUUGACACGCUGAUGUUGGAUGCGUCGUUCUCGUGCCCCGGCAGCAGAGAUGGGUCGUGUCCUCACUGGGAUCACACGGUUCAACUCUUUGUGUGCUGCGAUCGCCUCGGACCGUAUUGCCACGUCGAGCUGGGACGCUGGAUCACCGCUUUCCGAAGAAGAAUCGGCCGCUGGGAGACGGACGUGUCUCCGCUUCUUCCGGUGCUGGACGCCGGCGUUUGUCGCUUUACCAUGAAGACGGCUCCGUGGGCCAUGCCCUGGAUGGUUUCCCUCAACCUGAGGUUUAGCGUCGCCAACCUGACAAGCGAAAAGCUCCGCCCUUUCCGAAUGAUGUCACUGUACGACGGCGGGACUUUCGACAAGACGUACAACCGGCGCUACCCGCCAAUUAAGUUUCCUGCGCCCGCCUCUGCCAAAAAGGUGGAGCUCUAUGCUGUCAUCACAGGACACGGCAGCGACGAAAAUGGAUGCGGUGAGUUCUGCGUCACUUCGCACCACUUCCUGGUCAACGGCGUUCACAACAACACGCGAUCCUUCGACUCUGCGGGCUCAGCACUGGGCUGUACUGAGCACGUGAAGGAGGGCGCCGUGCCCAACGAGCACGGCACGUGGCUGUACGGCCGCGGGGGCUGGUGUGACGGGCUGCAGGUGGACCCCUGGAGGCUCGACGUCACCGCACAGUUGGAUGUUAGCGGUCAGGCGUCCAACACGAUUCAGUACUUCGGUCUGUUCAACGGCAAGGAUCCGGAUCCAACUCAGCAGCCAGGUUACAUUGUCAUGUCGUCUUUCCUCAUCUUUUACAAAUGAAUACCAAAAAUGUCCUCCGUCAUAAUUAAAUAAUUCAUUCAUCUCAUGGCCAGAGUGGCCGUAA